CCACCACUUGCAAUUGUUUUCAACGACUCGCUUCUUGCUCAGUGCUCGCUCGGUUAGUGCUGUCUCGAUCAACAACGGGACGAGAUGCAACACCGGCGCCCGCCCUAGGCUCUCAAGCAGUCGAAAUCCCGACAACUUGGACCUCCUGCUUGGCUUUUCAAGCUCGCAGCACGAUAGCUAUAUCGAUAUUAGUAACAUAUCUUCCAAUGUUUCUCCAAAUCAACCACUAGUCUGUUUUAAUCGAAGCGUGUUCUACAGUGUAUCAAUGACAUGAAUGGAGGAUCCACGUUGCAUAAUUGCGAUGGUUAUACUUAUGCGUCGAAGACAUGGAUGCAGGUAUUCAAAAGUUUAGAUUGGACAGGUGCGCCGAAGAUGCUAAAUCUUACAGGUCCUCAUAAAAACGCUUCAGUACUAACUAUUCCCGUGAUCUACAUACUCCCCUCCAACCGAGCCAAGAUCAAUUAACCUAGUACAGGUAUAGACCUUCUCAGCAUCAAAACCAAAAUAGCCAGGCAAGAAGCAGCAUUGAACAAGCAUCCUGUACCAGAUCACUGGAGGGCACCCAAUGCGUCUCAACCUCUCGGGCGAAUGAAAAUGACGAUUUUUAAUCUUUUGUGCAUCACAUCGUUUGGACAUGCCGGCUUAGAACCUGUUUGUGCUUCCAUCAUGCUUGGGGAUGAAAGCGUUUGGGCAGAGAGGAUAAGGUAGACGCUAUGAACGAUUGGUCAGCUUCAAUGUUGCCGCGGGGCUAUUGCUAGUUUCCUGCGCGGCAUUUCUCACCACGGAUACUCCGAGAGCUGAAAUAAUAAACUACAAGCUUCGUGGCCCGUAUUUAGGUACGGCUACCUCUUUUGCUUUGCUCCUUGGUGUCGUUGUGGCCUCUGCGUCAAUGCUAGUCACAGGAAAAGCUCGACCAUCUGGGCGAAAGGUGCUUUAUGCUAACCGUUUCCAUGUCGAUUGCACAAUGUUCAUGCUUUCCUAUCCCUUUUUCUCGAUUGGAAUUGCAACUUUGCAUUUUGCAUUUGGUCUUGUAAGCGCAAUCUGGUCUGCUGGGGAUCACGUCGCUCAAGGCGGACGCGUGAUAGUGGUGAUACUGCCUAUUUUUAUCGCUGUGUUUGGAGUCUCAUGCUCGGCUGCAAGUGCCAAGAGUCGACUUCGCAAACCUGCAAUUCAGCUCUCACGUUUGCUCGGGACUGUCUGCUUCUUCCUCACAUGCCAAUGUUACUUCGAAGGUUCAAUCAUCAAUUGA